AUGCGAGGCAUCCUGGCGUGGGCGGGCGCCGCCGCCCUGGCCGACGCGAGGGUGUACUUCUCGGAGACCUUCGGGGACGGCUGGGAGAGCCGCUGGACCGUGAGCAAGUGGAAGGAGAGCGAGGGCACUGCCGGCACGUGGGUCGCGACCGCAGGAAAGUGGUUCAAGGACGAAGCCGAGGACAAGGGCAUUCAGACGAGCGAGGACUCCCGCUUCUUCGGCAUCGCGACGUCCUUCGAGCCCUUCAGCAACGAGGGCAAGGAUCUCAUCAUUCAGUACCAGGCCAAGUACGAGAAGGACGUGGAGUGCGGCGGCGGGUAUAUGAAGAUCGGCCCCAAGCUCGCUGACCUGACGACGUUUGGCGACCCGACCCCGUACAACAUCAUGUUCGGGCCGGACAAGUGCGGGUACACCAAGAGGACGCACCUCAUCUUCAAUUACAAGGGCCAAAACGUGCUUAAGAAGUCUGAUCUGAGCUACAAGCAGGGUGAGGACUCUGGCAUCUCCCAUCUCUAUCGCAUGGUCCUCAAGCCGGAUAACACCGUCCGCGUUGAGAUCGAUGAGGAGAAGAUCUAUGAGGGUUCCAUCAAGGAGGAUUGGGAGGUCCUGAAGCCGAAGGAGAUCCCAGAUCCGGAUGACAAGAAACCAGAGGAUUGGGUGGAUAGCUCCAUGAUGGACGAUCCUGAUGACAAGAAGCCCGACGACUGGGUGGAGGAGAAGCGCAUCGUGGAUGAAUCGGCGUCAAAGCCAGACGAUUGGGACGAUGAGGAGGACGGCGAGUGGGAGGCCCCCAUGAAGGACAAUCCCGCGUACAAGGGUGACUGGAGCGUCAAGAGGAUCGAGAACCCGGCUUACAAAGGGAUCUGGGAGGCCAAGAAGAUCGCCAACCCCGAGUAUGUGGACGAUGACAAGAUUUACUCGUAUGCCGAUUUCGGUUUCUUGGGCUUCGACUUGUGGCAGGUCAAGGGCGGCACCAUUUUCGACAACAUCAUCCUGUGCGAUGACGUGGCUGAGGCCGACGCGUUCGCCAAGAAGUGGAAAGCCCUGAACGAGGUCGAGACGGCCAAGAAAAAGGAGGAGGACGAGGCCAAGAAGGCCGAGAGUGCCGAUGCCGCCGACGGCGACGACGACGACGACGCCGACGAUGACAAGGCGGAGGCGGAGGAGAUGUGA